CAAUUGAGCUUUUUCUGCAUCACUUAGUCUUCAUCAAACCUCAUAACAUAGUUUUAAAGGGUUUUAGUUAUUGUGAACUUUAGAUUUUGUGCUUUUGAAGUCUUCCCCCCGCCAUAUUUUAUAUGUCUUAAAAUCACCAAAUUAAACAUCGCAUUUGUUAGCACAACAAAAAAUUCCCCUUUAUUGCUAAUUGGAGAAAUACUGUCCCACUCUCAACAAGUAUUGUUGGAGAACUAUGCUUCAUUUUAAUUUAUUAUGUGGCUCAGGAUUGCAAUUCUCUAUUGGCUUCACCUGCCUAUAAGCAGGAUCCCUCCAACACCGUUCCUUUCUUGUUGUGGGGCUCAAUAAAGUGGAGGCAACUUCACAGUGCUUAGAGUCAUGAUUUCCUGAAGGGAGUCUGAAUAAUGCAAAACAGAAAGGAUUGCUAAUAUCUUAAAUAGAGGAAGCUCUCAUGGCACAUUUCCCAGUUUUCUUCAGGAUUAUUUCAGACUAAUUUUGUUAACAAAUAUUUAUGGAAUUUCUGUCCUCAGGCAAAGACGAUAUGCUGAUUUUGGGUUGCGCUUACUCUGUAUGAGACAGUCUUAAGUAGGUUUGUACCCAUUGAGGAGAGGAUUUAUUCAAGCUGAGAUGUGGAAGCUUUUUCUAGAACAGCCCGCCUGUCAAACAGGGCCAAAAUGCCACAUGCACAGCGUGGCUUCCUGAAGCGAUGGCCUUUUCCAAGGCGCCAGUUGGGAGGGUAGAAUGUCUUCUCUAGACUCAGCUCAUGCUUUCCGCCCUGAAAGUUACACUGUUGCCAGCAAGGUGAGUGAUUUUACUCUUUUUCUGUUCCUUAUAGUUAACUAGCAUUGCAUAAGGAGACAUUGUGCCAACUUCCUGGUCAGGUGCCAUGGGGGCCACUGUGCUCCUGGAUCCCAUAUAGAUCAAUGCUCAGUCCUAAAAUCAACAAUACUUCCCUUAAGCAAUUCGGCACUUCCCCAGCCCUGGGAGAGACACAGGCUGUCAGAAGCAGCUGACUUUGGUUCAUCCAAAAGAGAGUUUGAGGUCUAUACAGCAUACUUAAAAUUUCUGAACAAAAAUGCCUUCUCUGAUGAACAGAAAUUUCCCACUGAUCACAUGGACAAGACACUCUGGGGAGAGUAGCACAGGCAGAAGAUGUCUAAACUCCAAACAGUGUCUGUCUUGCUUUCUGGCCCUAGCUGAACUUGGCUGAGUUCAUUCGGGACAUGAGGAAACAAGGUAUCAACAGGGCCCUUGUGUUCACUGAAGAAAUGGGGAGAGGCAGAUCCAAUCCGUGAGACCUGGCACACUGCCUUUUCUCUAGGAAACAAGAAAAAAGGUGAAUCUCGCUUAAAAGGGAUGGAGCGGAACAGUCUUGGAGCUAAGCAGACCACGUGUGAUGCUCUGGUUAGCAUCUUGUUUGUUGCAACUCGAGUUGUAACCGGGUUCCUUUCUUGAAAAGGAAGGCGCUAGGGCCCUGGAGUGACGAUGGCUUUGUUGUGUGACCACAGAGGCUGGUUGCGCACUAAUUUCCUCUAGGGCUUGUGAUGAAGUCAGUUAACCACAGCCUUCAACAUGCUCUGCUCCAGCGGCAGCCCUGGCUCCUUGGUGGUAUCUCGGCCAUGACAUACAUAUGACAUGCCCUCCCUUCACCCACUGGCAGACCGUUUCUCUUGUCCUGCAGCAUGGACCAAAGGGAAAUUCUGCACAAAUUCCUGGAGGAGGCCCAAUGCAAGAAAACUGACAAAGAGGAGUUUGCCGGUGAAUUUCUGAAGCUGAAAAGACAAUCCACCAAGUACAAGGCAGACAAAACCUAUCCCACCACUGUGGCUGAGAUGCCCACGAAUAUCAAGAAAAACAGAUAUAAAGAUAUCUUGCCCUAUGAUCACAGCCGAGUAGAGCUGUCCCUGAUAACCUCGGAUGAAGAUUCUGACUACAUCAAUGCCAACUUCAUUAAGGGAGUUUAUGGACCCAAGGGUUAUAUUGCCACCCAGGGACCCUUGUCUACAACUCUCCUGGACUUCUGGAGGAUGGUCUGGGAAUACAGCAUCCUGGUCAUUGUUAUGGCAUGCAUGGAGUUUGAGAUGGGGAAGAAAAAGUGUGAGCGCUACUGGACUGAGCCAGGAGAGCUACCGCGGCAAGUUGGCCCUUUCUCCAUAUCCUGUGAAGCUGAAAAUAGAAAAUCCGAUUACAUAAUCAGGACUCUAAAAGCCAAGUUCAAUAGUGAAACUCGAACUAUCUACCAGUUUCAUUACAAGAAUUGGCCAGACCAUGAUGUGCCUUCAUCCAUAGACCCUAUUCUUGAGCUCAUCUGGGAUGUACGUUCUUACCAAGAGGAUGUCAGUGUUCCCAUAUGCAUUCACUGCAGUGCUGGCUGUGGAAGGACUGGUGUUAUCUGUGCUAUUGAUUAUACCUGGAUGUUGCUAAAAGAUGGGAUACUUCCAGAGAACUUCAGUGUUUUUAGUUUGAUCCAGGAAAUGCGAACACAAAGACCUUCAUUUGUUCAAACUCAGGAACAGUAUGAACUGGUCUACAAGGCUGUAUUAGAACUGUUUAAGAGACAGAUGGAUGUUAUUAGGGAUCAACACUCGGGAACAGAGAUUCAAGCACAGGAUUCCAUUCUUAAGCAAAAUCCCAUUCUAGAAACAGAGUCUUAUUCUCCCAAUUUACCAAAAAGCAGCUUAAAAGAAGAAGAGAAGAUGAAACAACAGAGCAAACCAAAGCUAAGGGUGAAAAGUGCAGAAGUUUCUUCUUUUGACCUCAGGACUUCUGACAGAAGUGAAAAGGAAAGGUUAGCCUUGCACGGUGGUGAACAGAGCCGUGCUUUUGACCUUUUGGAGCUAAACUGUAGUUGUAACAAAAAUGCCGACAUAACCACACAUUGGGAGACCAAGGCGUUUCCAAUAGCUGGGAAGCCUCUUCAGAAGCAUCAGAGUUUAGAUUGGAGUGCCAUUUUGUUUGGAGCGUGUCCAAAUUCUAAAGCUGCCGAUGUGGCAGGAAGGUAUUUUAAUUCAAAGGCGCCGAUAAUACGGACCAAAUCAACGCCCUUUGAGCUGAUACAACAGAGAAACACCGAGGAGUUGGACAUCAAGGAAAAUGUUUCUUGUUUGGAAUCUCAACCCCACAGUUCUUAUCUCGAGCAGGCUCAAAAAGCGAGGCAUGCUUCUUUGGCAGAACAGAAUGAUUCACUGCCGUCAGACUCUCAGCCCCAAAUGUACAGCGCCUCUGUUGCAAAGGAGCAGGACUCUCAGCCUCUUCGUGUAUAUUCUUACAUGUCUGUAGAAGAUCCUUAUUUCUUAUCAUUGUCUCCUACUAGUGCUGGUUCUAAGAUGUCUCCUGAUUUAUCUGAGAAGCCAGAUGGAAACGUUUUGCCUUGUUCCUCAUUGCCAGCAUCUUCUACAACCCUCUUUUCUUCUUACGAUUCACGUGGUUCUUUAGCACUGAGUCCUCCAACCGAAUACCCCUCUCCGAACCCAGAGACAGCAGUAGUAGCAACUUGUCCAAGGAUAGAUGAUGAAGUCCCCCCUCCACUUCCUGAACGGACACCCGAGUCUUUUAUUGUGCUGGAGGAAGCUGGAGAAUUCCCACUGAAUGUUCCCAAAUCCUUAUCUUCAGCUGAGGAGGUAAAAGUUGGAACAUCACUAUGGAAUAGAACAUCUGAAUCAAGGACAUCUGAUGACACUGUGAGACUUAGACCAACUAAGAGUGUAAAACUCCGGAGUCCCAAAUCAGAUCUACAUCAAGAUCGUUCUUCUCCCCCCCCACCUCCACUCCCAGAAAGAACCCUGGAGUCCUUCAUUCUUGCUGAUGAAGAUUGUAUGCAAGCUCAGCCUGUAAAGACUUAUUCUACUAGCUGUCUUAAUACCAUGGAUAAUUCAACAUCUUCAAAACAGAUAUUGAAGACUCCGGGAAAAGGUUUCACAAGGACUAAGAGUUUGAAAAUUUUGAGAAACGUGAAAAAGAGUAUCUGUAAUUCUUCCCCACCAAACAAGCCUGCAGACUCUGUUCAGUCAAAUUGCUCCAGCUCCUUUCUGAAUUUUGGUUUUGCAAAUCGUUUUUCAAAACCCAAAGGACCAAGAAAACCACCACCAACUUGGAAUAUUUAACACAACUUUGGAAUAUAGGCUGCAAGUGCAUCUGCAAAUAAGAGUACUAAAAUACUAUUAGCUAAAAUAAGGUUUCCAUAUUCAUUUCAACAAUGAAGAUAAUGUAAUGUGUUAAUAGCAAUAUUAGAAAAGAAUAUUCAAAUAAGUGCCAGAAACUUUACAUUUUCAUCUCAUAUUGGGCUGGAAACUGGAAAUAAAUUUGUCACUUGAGCUUAUGUAGAGAACACUGUAUGAGACACAGUUUUCAAAUGGACUUAUUUUUCAUUUUGGAAGUUAUUUUUAUUCUACUUUUCUACACAAAUAUAAGCCUCAAAAUAUUUUUUUUAUAAACUUCAAAAUGUUUUUAAGAAUUGGAUCUCAACUGAAUGUUUAUAUUGCCAAAUUACUACAGAAAGUGUUUCACAAAAUCUGACCUGUGCUUGUGACAAUGACUAUUCCCUGGGAAUUAUUUUUGCCUAAAUGGAGUACUCCUUGCACAUCUUCCCAAAGGUGGAAAACUAGAGAACUAGAGUAAUAAGAAGUUGUGCUUAAGAGAAUAAAAUAUGUAAACAAAAUCAUUUCUGUAUGUGGAUAUAUCUACUAACAAGAUGUUCAACUACAUUUCUGAUAAGUUUUAACCAGUGAUUUAGUUACCAAGUCUAGAAUAAUCAGCAAAAUAGCUAUCCUUUGGUAGCAUUUUUCAUUUCGAAGGUCCUGCAUAAAUACAUGCAACUUAUAUCCAACCAAUCAGAGGUUUAAAAAAUUUUCUCUAUGAAUGUGGGUCUGCCUUAGUUUUAGAAAAUCUUGAGUUUUCAAAUCUGUUUUUAUGUAACAAAUAAGUCAAUGGGUAAUUACUGUUACAGAGGAUUCCCGAGUUCUCCUAAUGACUUUAACUUAGAAGUCUCUUUUAGAAACAUGAAAUACUUAAAACAGCAUUUGUUCUUCAAAACCUUUCGUUAGGAAGCCUAAUGAUAGGGCUAAUUGGAUGAUAUGUUAACCUAUUUAUUACAGUACAAUGUACACAAUAGGUGCUGAAUAAACUUUGUUUUAAAAA